AUGGCGCCCCGGGAGCGGUGCGCGUGUGGUCGCGCCGAUGUGCUUCUCUGUCACGACCCCACAGACAAGGCCAUAUACUGUGCGGAAUGCUGGCAGGCGUGGCUCGACACACAAUCGCGACCCGACUUGCCCCCUGAGCUGUCUGUAGCGGAGGAUGGCGAGGACCGAGCCAAGCCCAGCAGUUCUGGGAUUAAGUCAGACGACGACGACGACGACGGCAGCGGGAGUAGCGAUAGCGGCAGUGACGACGGCGUCUCCAAUCUUAAUGAUGAGCCCGAGCUGGAGGGACGGUUCAUCGAGGACACGCUUUAUCUCAUCGACAGGAGCACGCACCGCGUCUAUCAUAGCGAGCGGGACGAGCAAGGGCGCCUCCGACCUGCUGGCAUUCUCGAGGGCGACCGCUUGAUCCUUCCUCAAGCCGAGGCAGCCAGCAGCAGCUUCCCAUGGGAGGCGGAUGCCAACGAUCAUUGCGAGACACCCUACCUAGCUUAUGCUCAUAUUGCACCUUUGCUGCGAUGGCUUGCCAAGAGUCUCGGCAAGACGAGUCAGGAGCUCGUCAUUUAUGACCCUUAUUUUUGUGCCGGCUCGAUGCGGGCACACCUUGCGCGCCUCGGCUUUGAGACAGUUAUUAACGAAUGUCGUGACUUCUACGCUGACGUCGCCUCUGGCAACGUGCCAGACUACGACGUGCUCGUAACCAACCCCCCCUUCUCCACAACGGGCCAGGACCAUGUGGCUCUGCUAUGCCAGUUUCUGCAAAAGACGCCCAAGCCGUUCUGCGUGGUGCAGCCCAACUACGUGUAUACCAAGGCUCCUUGGGCUGCCCUCACACAAACCACCGGGCGUGCGGCACCGUUUCCUUUUUAUUUGACUCCGCGACAGCCCCGACAGUAUGUUUACGAGACGCCACCGGCAUUUCGACCGCUCAAUGCCAAGCAGCGCAAGACGAGUCCCUUCGUAACUCUAUGGUAUUGUCGACUACCUGCUCAUAUGCAAGGAGCGGCAUUUCGAUGGAUGGUAACGCCAGGAUGCAAGCUUCCCCUACGACUCAGCAUCGUCAGCACGGCGUUGCCAGACAACUUCAAGGACUCGAGUGACCGGUCCAGACGAAAAAAUCGCAAGGACCGCCCAAAUCACCGGCACAACCCCGGAUCUGGCAAAAGAUCGGGGGACAAUCGGGGUGGGGCACCCCAAACCAGCGCACCCAAGAAGAAGCAUCGGGACGCGCACCACAAGCAGAGCCGGGCUCCAGCGCGUCGGCCAGACAAGGCAAAACGUUCCAAGUAG